UCCACCGGUCAGAAGACAUCCAGGCUAAGAGGGGGCAAGCGAGACUAGCGGUGCGCUCUCUUCGAGGGGGGAAGAGUGCAGCAAGGUGGUCUUCCCGUCUUCCUUCGGCCCCGGUGUCGUCAGCCCGGUGGGACUCCCUGUCCCGUCCACACUCAGUGCGACUGAACUCGAGCUGUAGGUGCUGUUUUACCUGGAUGAGGUGUUCACCAGCCGGUUCCUGAUCAGUAAGACUGUGCCUCCUGCUGGGCUCAUCAACUCUUCUGAGAUUCAGGAAACAUGGCACAGAUUCAGAAAAAAACCUCCACUAUGUCCCUGACUAUAUCCUCAUGCUCCCGAGACACGUCGUCCUCCUCUUCAUCAUCCUCUUCCUCCACUACAGUGCAGAGGCUCUCCAGUUCAGUACAGCCCGUCUGCUUCAGUCCUCAGAUGGUUCAAAACACAAACCAGGGUUCUGGAGUGUCUCCAACUUUUGUGAAGUGUCUUCAUGACGUGAGCACGGUGAAGGGUCAGCUGGUGGUCCUGGAGUGCAGGAUCAGAGGAACACCUCCGCUGCAGAUCUCCUGGUUCAGAGAGAACGAGCAGAUCAUCGACUCGGCCGACUUCCGCAUCCUCAGAAAGAAGGCAAGUUCAGCUUCUGUUCCUGAAGAGCUGUGCACCCUCGUGAUCACAGAGGCGUAUCCGGAAGAUUCUGGAAUAUUUAAAUGCACAGCAUCAAAUCAGUUUGGAGCAGUAACAUGUAGUGCCAUGCUUGAAGUAUAUACAGACCUAGAGGAGGUGUUGGGAGAGGAGGAUGAGCCCUCGUCUCUGAGCUCAGCUGGACUGGAGCCCUCAUCUCUACAGGACACACUGAUUCCUCCUCCAGAGUGGCCGGACAGUUCUGAGGAAGAGACUGCUGCUCCUGUAGCACGGGUGCCGGAGUCUCCUGUGGACACGGAGAGCAAACAGGCUCCUGCCAGCCAGACGACUGAAGCUGCAGAGCUCUCCUCGAUGAGCAAACCUGAUCCUCCAGCAAAGGGGGUUAAAAACAGUGUCCCACAUCCAUUCCUUCCCACCAGCAAGCUGAGUAAACCGACGGAGCCCAGAGGCAGCGCCAUGAACGUGGCUGACCUGCCCACCUUCUCGCCAUCGCUGUACCCCCCCAGUGCCUUCAACUAUGAGCGCCCUCGGCAUUUCAUCCAGUCCCUGCCCAGCUUCCAGACGGCCGACAGCGAGGUCAGCAAACCCAACAACCUCAGUCCCCCGGCUUCGACGGCUGCUCCGUUCCUGAGCCCUCCUCAGCCCGGACCCGCUCGGACCUCCAUGAGCUCAAGCAUGACUUUGAUUCCUAAACCACAAAGCUCUCCAAACAACGAGAAACUAUCAUCAGCAGCUUUCCUGUCCUCUGUCCUGCCUUCCCUGCCGAGCUCCCAGGCCAAAUGCAAGUCCAUACCUCAGUCUCCCUCUCCGCGGCGCUCCCCCAGAUCCCCCAGCCCAGCGCCGAGAGCCCAGGAGCCGCCGCUGGACCACGCUCCUGCAGCCGUCCCACCCCGGAUAUCUCAAGAUACCCCAAAAACAGCUGCUCCACCUCCACAGCCCCCUCCUGCGUCUCACAUCAGCUACACACCCAACACCUUGCCAAAGCCGAUCUUGAAGAAGACUGUUUCCAGACCAGUGUCUCGCGCCACAGACGAACAGAUCCAGGGUUCGAAAGAUGCUCUCAUCCAAGACCUUGAAAAGAAGCUACGGAACAAAGCUCCUCAAUAUAGGACCCUUCAGAAGAUGUCUUAUGAGGAGCGGAUGGCGAGAAGGUUGUUGGGAGCAGAUAAUGCCGCCUCAGUGUUUGAUCUUGAAAAUUCGUUCGGUUCACAGCCUCCUCAGCCAGGCUCUCCAGAAGAUCUCCAGCCUGGAGGAAUAUGGGCCAGAAAGAAUCGGCCUGCAGGAGACGGUACAGAGGCCUCCACCAUCCAAGAGAAGUGUUUCGCUCCGCGUUUUGUACAAGUGCCUCAAGAUCUUUCUGUCGAAGAGGGACGAUUCUGCAGGAUUGAUUUUAAGGUCGUAGGUCUGCCCACGCCAGAUAUCUCGUGGUAUCUGGACGGGAAACUCAUCCGGCCCGAUGAUUAUCAUAAGAUGCUGGUGUGUGAGAAAAGCGUGCACUCCUUCAUCAUCGAGAUCGUGACCAUUCAUCACGCAGGUGUUUAUGAAUGCGUGGCCAAGAACCGAGCCGGAGAGAGCCACUUCUCCCUGCGUCUGGAUGUGAUCGCUCAGGAGCAGCUCUGUCCUCCCUCGUUCGUGGUGAAGAUGAAGAACCAGCGGGUUCUGGAGGGAGACGGCGUCCGGCUCGAGUGUAAGGUGACGGCGUCUCCGGCUCCUCAGAUCUACUGGAAGAAAGACAAGGAGAUGCUGCGCGUCGACCCCAGGAGGAUGAGUCUCUCUCAGGACGCUUUGGGAAAGCAGUGUCUGGUGAUUGAUCCAGUGAUAAAGUCUGACUCGGGCUGGUACACGGUUUCUGCUAUUAAUGAAGCGGGCAUGUCCACAUGCAACACCAGGCUAGACGUGUCCACUCGUCUGAAUAAGUCUGCUCCGGCCGUCAGGGGCCUGAAGUCUCUCCCAGCGCUGAGCCCGUUCUCCCCGAGGAGCUCCGAGCCGCAGCACACCGCCCCGCUGUACGAGAGCGAGGAGCUGUAGGUGUUCAUGACACCAAUGAUGCAUCUAACUCUUGUUUGUUAGACUGACGCUUUGAUUCAGUAUAUGUGUGCAGUGCAGUCACUGAUACACGCACAACUACAUUGUGGUCGUAUUUAUGUGCUGAAAAUUGUAUUUGUUGGAACUUUUGUUACUAGUACAAAGGAUUCGGUCAAAUGUAUUGAUCACGGUCCUCAACACAGAUAUCAUUUGUGUUCUAUACGAUGUGAGAUGAACAUCUGAGUAAAGAUCUUUGUGAAAACACCACACA